GUACGGAUUACGAUUGUUUCGAAUUAUAACCUGUUUCCUCUCGCAAUCACAAGAUGGAAUCUAGGCAUCAGGUGUGGUCAGGGUUCGGGUUAGCAAUGGAGGUCGGUGCACGGACAUAUUCUGGAGGAAGACCCCACUAAGGUACCCCACCAUCCCGGCCCCGGUUGUCUAACGGAGAGCUGCAUCUCAAACAAGCACAAAACGAUUGCCGAUAGGUACUGAAUGCUUUAAUCUGUCCUUUUGGAAGUUUUGAUUCAUUGCGCACCCCGCCGCCCCGUACCGACUCUAAUUUGUAACUCCUAUCGAGAAGCUAUAUCGACGACUCACCUCCUCCGCCAUGUCUCAAGAGUCCAAGGCCGUAGACCCUGCCGCCGAGCAGGCGGCCGAGACCCUCAAGAGCAUGUCCGAAGCUCAGGGCGCCGCCGUCGAGUCUGAAGACGACUCGGGGCCCGAAGGUCCCGCUUCCGCCGGGGACUCCACUGCCGCCGCGGCCUCUACUGCCGAGGCGAGCAAGAAGAAGGGCAAGAAGGUGUCGAAGCGGAAGAAGCUCAAGGACGCCCUGACCCGCGACCGCGACCCGCAGGCCGAAAUCAAGAAGGCCAUCGGCGGCCUCACACCCCAGCAGAUCUCCGAGCUCGUGCAGCUGAACCCGGCACUGGCGCAGGAGAUCGCUGCCGAAAACAAUGCGCGGGCCGGGAGCUCGUCGGGCGGCGUUGCGGAUGCCAGCGACAUCCUGAAGACGCUCAGUUUGGAGGACAUAAUGACGGGACUGGCCAGCAGCGGGAAGAACGUGAAGGACAUGGCGUCAUACAAGUUCUGGAGCACGCAGCCUGUCAUGAAGUUUGGUGAGAGCCAGGACAAGCCCAUUGAAGAAGGGCCUCUCAAGGUCCAGAAGAUCGAGGACAUUCCUACGGAGCCAGCACCUCUGGGUGUGCAGGGGUUCGACUGGGUCACCAUGGACCUCACCCAAGAGUCGCAGUUGAAGGAGGUCUACGAGCUGCUUAACGGGCAUUAUGUUGAAGACGACGAGGCCAUGUUCAGGUUCAAAUACUCGACCUCGAUCCUCCAGUGGGCAUUAAUGCCUCCGGGAUGGAAGAAAGAGUGGCACGUUGGCAUCCGGGGAGGAAAGUCUCUCUGUGCCUUCAUCUCAGCCGUGCCCGUGCAGAUGCGCAUCCGCGGCAAGAGCAUCAAGGGUUCCGAGGUCAACUUCAUGGUCGUCCACAAGAAGCUCCGGAACAAGCGGCUGGCGCCUGUCUUGAUCAAGGAGAUCACCCGCCGUUGCAAUCUGGAAGGGGUCUGGCAGGCUAUCCACACGGCCGGCAUCGUCCUGCCGAAGCCGGCGAGCACCUGCCGGUACUACCACCGCGCCCUGAACUGGCAGAAGCUAUGGGAGGUCGGCUUCAGCCCUCUCCCGCCUAACAGCAAGCCUGCCUAUCAGAUACGUAAAUACGCCGUGCCUGACCAGACCUCCACCCGCGGCUUGCGCGAGAUGCAGCUCAAGGACGUGGGUGCCGUCCAGAGUUUGCUGAAGCGCUACCUGGACAAGUUCGAGCUCACGCCCGAGUUCACCAGCGAGGACGUUGAACAUUGGCUGCUGAACAAGAACGGCAAGACGGGAGACCAGGUGAUCUGGUCCUAUGUUGUCGAGGAUGCGAACAAGCAAAUCACCGAUUUCUUCUCGUUCUACUGCCUGGAGUCUUCGGUGAUCAACAACCAGAAGCACCAGGUCGUCCGGGCAGCCUACCUGUUCUACUAUGCCACAGAGGCCGGCCUAACGGCCCCAUUCGACCCCAAAGCCACCAAGGUUCGGCUAAACGCCCUCAUCGCGGAUGCCCUGAUUCUCGCGAAGCGAUACAAGUUCGAUGUCUUCAAUGCCCUCUCCUUGAUGCACAACGGCCUCUUCCUCGAGCAACAAAAGUUCGGACCUGGCGACGGACAGCUCCACUACUACGUCUUCAACUAUCGCCUCAACCCGAUCGCCGGCGGUGUGGACAAGAAGAAUAGGCUUGAUGAGGAUCACCUCAGUGGUGUGGGCUUUGUGAUGCUCUGAGGCCCUUUCCACGGGACUAGGUGCGGCCCGCUCCGGACCACGGCUGUGUCACGGCAGUAUUAUUGUUGCUUGCAUUUUAUGUGCCGGUGCCCCUUUAUAGCUUGAGCGGCGGCUCCUGCAAAAUGACCAGUGCGCUAUUUCAGGACGAGAGGUCGUCGUGUAUCAAGUUUUCUCGAAGGUGGCUAAGUGCUGCGGGAGCAGAAGCGGAUUCAGAGCGCAUGGCAUUUAGUUCCGGCGUAGACAAGUGGAGGAGGUGGUGAAAAAGACCCGUUUUGAACACAUCAUAGGUAGUCAUGCCCUGCGGCUUGUAUACGGCCGCGGCUCUGGGCUGCAGGCUGUAUCGUGCAUUCUGGACCGGGAAACAGGCCGGAUAUGCGAGCCUCUUCCCGGGCACCAGUCUAGGUAGAAUAUGUUGGCCGGGACCGCAUCUGACGAGCUAUGUGUAUGUCUAUGCAGAUCUAUACGAGUUUGCUUCAA